AUGCGUCCCGACCCGCGCGACCAGCCCUUGCUGGACGAAACCAUGGAGCUGCCGUCUCUGUGCGUGGCCCCUGGGCCCCCGCACCCGCGCGGCGGCCGCGGCAGCUUCAACAGCAGCUACAGCUACAGCAGCGGCUUCGCGGGCACGGACAGCUUCUGUAGCUUCAACAGCAGCCAGUUCUUCGACGACAGCGACGGCCGCGAGGUGGACGUGGACGACGUGGACUCGAACGCCUCGAGUUGCGGCGACUACGCGCUGCUGUCGAUGCCCGUCGAGUCCGUCAAGCGGAUGGUGCCGACCACGGGCGUCGUCACGCGGCCGCGGUCGCUGGACACGUCCUGGAACUCGCACAACAGCAGCUACAGACGCACGACGGCGAUCGCGGACGCUCUGAGGGAGCUGCGUGAAGGUCGCACGGCCGUCGCAGUCGUAGCAGACGAAGAGGACGAGGAGCGGAGGUCUGAUGAGGACAAGAAGACGGCGAAGAAGGCGAGCGUGGGGCUCCGACAGCUCGUCGCUCGCCUCUCUACACGUCGAGAUCUGUUUGUCAUGAGCAUGGGGCUGCUGGCUGCUACGAUCCACGGCGCGUUGUGGGCGCUGCUGGCUCGAGAGGUGAAGGCGGCGAUCGCAGCGUUCGCUCCGUUCAACCGGCACGACGUGGACUUUACUGCACUGACGCUGAUGCUGCUGUCGCUGGCUCUGGGGGUCACGGCGUACGCCGCGCACUUGUGUCUCUCGCACACGGCUGAGAGGAUGUUGCGGUCGUUGAGGGAGCAGGUGCUGCGUCACGUGCUGCUGGAUCUCCACCAGCCGUGGUUCGACGUCAACGAGUCUCUAGCAUCGUCUCUCGGUGGUGAACUCAUCCGUGAAGCUCAGUCUAUUCGGCGAGGCCUUGGACCCGAGCUCGGAGCUGUCUGCAGGUUCAUGACGCAGUUCAUUGGAGGUUUUGCAGUCGCCUUCAUGACGCUCUGGGACUUGACGCUCGCUGUGAGUUGCGUGGCGCCUGUGGUCGUCUGUGUGCUCGUGCUCUUGAUGGACAAAGGAGACAGCGAGAAGGACAACGAAGCAGACGUGGUGGCUGCGGAGGCGCUGAACAACAUGCAGACAGUGCUGGCGCUCAACGCGCAGCGGCGCGUGCGCGAGAAGCACGCGCUUCGUGUCCGUAUCACUGAGCGCCAACGGGUUGUGCAGUACGGCAAGCACGCAGCACUGCAGGGAGUGGUGACUGGAACAUUGUGGGUCAUGAGCGCCAUCGGACUCUGGUACGGCGGGAAGAAGGUCUACGAGGCAGAAGCGGAGCCUGCCGAGGUGUUCGCGACGCUCUUGGGCGUGAUCAUCGGAAGUCACGCCCUUGGUCACUUGAUCCCGAGCUUCGCAGCCGUGGCCAGAGCUCAAAACGCAGCCUCCCAGCUCUACCAACUGCUCGAGACGCCUUCAAGGACCAGCCGCGCAGUCGUGAACCCGUUGCCGCGACCUGCGACGUUCUCCGGGGCCGUCAUGGCCGUGGACUUGCACUUCUCGUACCCGACUCGCCCCCAACGCCAGGUCUUGAGAGGCUGCAACGUGUCGCUCUUGGCUGGAGAGUGCGUCGUUAUCGUCGGGGGCAUCGGAUCCGGGAAAUCCACGCUGGUCACGCUGUUGACGCGGCUGUACGAGCCCUCGCAGGGGCUGAUCCUGCUGGACGGCCGGGAGGUGAACGCGCUGGAUUCGACGUGGGUGCGCGCGCAGCUUGGCGUCGUCACGCAAGACGUGACGCUGUUCCGCGCGUCCAUCUUCGACAACAUCAUGAUGGGGCUUGUAGUACUUCGAGAGCUCAGCGGACGGAGCAGCGGCCAGAUGGAGGAGCGCGUGAUUAACGCCGCUCAACGCGCCGACGUCCACGACUUCAUCAUGUCGCUGCCUGACGGAUACAGCACGCGCGUGGGCGAGAACGAAGCCAUCAAGCUGACGACGCAGCAGCGACAACGUAUCGCGUUGGCCCGAGCUCUGAUCCGCGAGCCGAAGCUGCUGCUUCUGGAUGAGCUUACGCUCAGUCCGCAGGAGCUGCUGUCGAGGUUCAGCGGAGCUGUUGGGGCUGGAAGCACGACCAUGCUGCUGUGUACGCGUCAGGCCAACAUGGCAGCAGUGGAGUACGCCGACAAGAUCAUGGUGCUGGAGGCGGGCAAGAUCGUCGAGCAGGGCACCUACGUGGAGCUCAUGCACCGCGGCAACAGCUUCUACCGCCGUUUGCGCCUCACGCAGCCAACGUUUGUACGGGAGCACGAACAGACUUUGGUGAGUCCGGAGACAGCGACGUCCAAGAGAUCCCAACGACGAGUGACCAAGGCGACGCCGACAUCCCCCACGAAGCUCACGAAGCGAGACAUCACGGCGCUCGCCCGUCCAGAGCGCAAGUUCCUAGCCUUUGGGCUCGUGGCUUCCGUGAUCGUCGGACUGGCUGCUCCAAUGCUCGGCGUUCUGAUCAGCAGGCUGUUGGCCGAUCUGACGGAGGCGGAAGACGCAGCGGACGUGGUGAAGACGCUGCGGCCGCUGGUCAUGAGGCACGGCUUCUUCCUGAGUGCUGGAGCGGCUGUUAUCGUCGUGUUCCAGAGCAUCCAGCUCUUCUGCUUGGACGCGGCAACGGAGCGCGUGGCGUCGCGUCUGCGAGAUCUGCACUUCAACUCGCUGCUGGCCCAGCCACUGCCGUUCUUCGACGCCCCGCAGCACUCUGUUGAGGUGCUGACCAAGUCCCUGGCUACGGAGGCCUCGACAGCCUCUCUCAUCAUCGGAAGGGCUCAGGGCUACAAGCUCCAGAUACUCUGUACGCUGGCUGCAUCACUUGUCGUGGCCUUUUGGAGGGGCAGCUGGAUGCUCACACUCAUGAUGAUCGCUGCACUGCCGCUGCUGCUCAUCGGCGAGGCCAUCUGCAACCCCCACGCGCCAAAGACUGCGACUGAUGAUGCCGAGGCGGAAGAAGCGGUGGAAGUCCACGUGAACGAGGCACUGCGCAACCGCCAGGCGGUGGUGACGCUGGGACUCGAGAACUCGUGGUGCUCCAGCUUCGAUGCGUUGCUUCAGCGUCCGCUGCGGCACACUCGUGACCAGGCCCAGCACGAGGCUAUAGCUCGAGGCUUCAGCGCAGUUGUCAUGGUCGGUGCCUGCGCGCUUGCCUGCUGGUUGAGUGGGAUAUUGGUGCACUAUGGUGAUGCCACAUUCCGCGAGCUUACACGCUCGCUACUGGUUGUCAUUGUCUCUGCUCAGUCCUUGGGUCUUGCGGUGGCUUGGUUGAACAGCAUCGGCGGCGCAGAGCAGGCUGGCGUGAAUAUCUUCGCGCUGCGUGACGCCGCUAUCGUUGCCGGUAGUGCCAAUGGCUUAGCUCCCCCGUUGUCGUCCCCGUCGUCAUCAGAUGGAGAGCACAGCCCACUGCCCCAAAGCCCCAUGCUCCGAGGCAGCGUGACGCUACAGGACGUCAAGUUCGCCUACCCGACACGGCCAAGCACAUUCAUCCUCAAUGGCUUCUCGCUACGCAUCCAGGCUGGGGAGACUGUGGCUCUCUGUGGACUUCCGGGCUCUGGAAUCUCCACUGUGUUCGCGCUUCUCGAGGGCUUCUACGACUUGAGCUCCGCUUCGGGGAAUAGUGGUCGCGUUCUGCUGGACGGAGUCGACAUCCGAUCGCUGGACGUGUCGUGGCUGCGCGCCCAAGUGAGUUUCGUGGGUCCAGAGCCGACGCUGUUCCUGGGCACGAUCGCUGAGAACAUCGCGUACGGGAUGGCAGCCCCGCCAAAGCUGGACAUGAUCGUUGCUGCAGCCGAAGUGGCCCACGCUCACGCCUUUAUCUCUCGACUGCCUGACGGAUACGCAACACGGGUGGGGGGUCAGCUCCAGCUAUCACCAGGUCAGAGACAACGCAUCGUGCUUGCUCGAGCCGUGCUUCAAGACGCCAGACUGUUGAUCUUGGACGAGCCCAUGCGCUCUCUUGGGGCGGAGAGCGAGAAGAUCGCCGUGCAACAGGCUCUGGACACCAUCGUGGCCCAGCGGGUGCGAACCCACGCAGAGCUGCUGCGCUUCCGGGACGGCAUCUACGCGCGACUGUUUCGAGAGACUGCGUGGUCGCCGUCUUCCAGCUCCUACACGGUCGGCACAAGCGCAACAUAG